UCUUCGAAUUUGUGGAAUAUACUUAAGGGUUUUUUUACCUGAUUUCCUUGUCGGGGUUUACGCGCGGAAGUUCUUAUCUAUUUCCGCCCUUUUUUUUUUUCGUCUUGGAUAUCCUUCUUUUCUUCUAACGACAUAUCCACGACUCCCCCAUAUUCAUCAUGUCGUCGAUGAUUACCACCUCUGCGUGGGUGCGACGCGGCGUCGCAGCCCAGUUUCCCACGAAAUAUGAGAUCAACGAGGAGGAAAUGGAUCGCAUAUCGAAGCUUGCCAAGAUGCAGCUCGAGGAGGCUCAGGGUGAUUUGAAGGCCGCGCAGGAGGACGAGGCCAUGGAGGAGGAUCAGAAGGAGGGCGCUGAUGAUGCUAUGGAGGAUGAUGAGAAGCCCGCGGAGGAGAAGACCGCAGAGGAGAAGAAGACUGUCACUGACGAUGAUGACCUAAAAGAGUACGAUCUCGACCACUACGACAGCGAUGAGGUCGACGAGGAUGGCGAGAAGUCCACCAUGUUCGGCAAUGUCAAGUCGCUGACUUAUCAUCAACCCAACGAGGAGGAUCCGUACCUGGUUAUGCCGCCGGAGGAGGAAGACGAGGAGAGAGAGGAGCUGCAGAUCAUGCCGACGGAUAACCUGGUUCUGGCGGGUAAGGUUGAGGAUGAGGUCGCCCACCUCGAAGUCUACGUCUACGAGGACGCCGCCGACAAUCUCUACGUGCACCACGACAUCAUGCUGCCCGCUAUUCCUCUGGCUUUGGAGUGGCUGGAUAUCCCCGUCGGCAAGGUCGCCGAGGGCCGCACUACGGGGAACUUCGUCGCUGUCGGAACGAUGGAGCCGGAUAUUGAGAUCUGGGAUCUCGAUAUCGUCGACUGCAUGUACCCCAAUGCCAUCCUGGGCCAGGGUGGAGCCGACGCGGAGGGCAAGAAGUCUAAGAAGAAGAAGCCCAAGGCCAACGACGAGUACCACAUCGACGCUGUUUUGGCAUUGGCCGCCAACCGCCAGCACCGCAACCUGCUGGCCUCCGGCUCGGCGGACCGUACAGUAAAGCUGUGGGAUCUGCAGACCACCAAGUGCGCCAAGUCCUACUCUCACCACACCGACAAGGUCUGCUCGUUGAACUGGCACCCCACGGAGUCUACGAUCUUGUUGACCGGUAGUUACGAUCGGACUGUGGUGGCGGCAGAUAUGAGAGCUCCCGACUCCAAGGCUCGCUGGGGCGUGGAUACGGAUGUCGAGAACGUGCGCUGGGAUACUCACGACCCCAACUACUUCUACGUGACGACGGAUGGCGGAAUGGUGUACCGCUACGACGUGCGCAACAUCCCCGCCACACCCAAGGACUCGAAGCCCGUGUGGUCGCUGCAGGCGCACGACUCGUCCGUGUCGGCGUUUGACAUCAACCCAGCUAUCCCUGGUUUCCUGGUUACCGGAUCGACGGACAAGCAGGUGAAGCUCUGGAACGUUGAAGACAACAAGCCCAGUAUGGUCGUCUCGCGCAAGUUGGAGGUGGGCAAGGUCUUCUCGACGUCCUUCGCACCGGAUGCCGACGUAAGUUUCCGCCUGGCCGUGGCCGGCAGCAAGGGCGUGGUCCAGAUCUGGGAUACCUCCACCAACGCGGCAGUGCGUCGCGCAUUCGUGUCGCGUAUGCCGUCCUUGGAAGGUGAAGUGAAGGAGCGUAUGGUGGGCAUGCAGCCCGAUCAGGAUGAAUCGGAUGAUGAUGAUGCUGGACAGGAGGUUGGCGCUGGGCACGGUGGUGAUGGCUGGGAGUCGAUGGACGAGGAUUGAACACAGAGGCGGAAGACGAUGAUCGACACAAAUUACGUCGAACCCAAAAUUUAUGAGAAUAUCUAGAUAGUUGCCGUGCUGCUUUUGUCGUUUCUUUCCUUCCAUUUUUU